AAGUGAAAAUAAUUGUAAACAUUUUUAAACUUUGCUAUAACGGCUAUAAUUAGGUGCAAGUUGUGCAAAGUAUAUCAUGUUAUUUAUUUGAUCUACAUUCUAAUCAAUAACCUACUCAAAUUAACCACUUUAUCAGAUAACAGUUUUCUGUCAUCUUUUUGCGCAACUGAUAAAAGGAUUGUAAAAUACUUUCGUUUUGAAGGUAUACUGGAGUUAAACUAAAGAGUUUUGGAUAUUUCAAGGAUUUUGAAAUGGAAGUAUCCGGACGUAAGCUAUCGGAUAUCCAAGAUCGUGAUUCUGGAACAUCAGCAGACGACCACCACUGUGACCCCUGCAUGACAGAAGGUCAAUAUAUAGAUUCGUUCAAAUAUUGUUCGGAAUGUCAGGAAUUUCUUUGCAGAAAUUGUGUGCGAUUCCACCAGAAGACAAAGAUGUUGAAGACCCAUCAGCUUGUAGACAAGGGAGAUGUCAGUUCAAGGCGCUCUUGUCAAACAGCCGAUAUUUGCACAGAAAUUUGUUCCAUUCAUGAAAAUGAAAUAGUCAUGUUCUUCUGUCCAAAACAUGUAGAGCUAGGAUGUCCAGAGUGUGUUAAUUUAGAUCAUGCGAAAUGUAACGUUGUAUAUAUACCUGACAAAUGUGAAGAUAUUACAAAGAGUGAUGAAUAUAGAGAAACCAUAGAGAAACUUGCAGAGAAAAGUAAAGAAAUCGAAGAUGUAACUGAGAAGGCUACGAUUACAGACAACGAGAUAAACACUUCUGACGAAAAAGUAGUUGAAGCGAUAACUAAGUAUCGAGCAGAAAUCAACGAUCGUUUUGAUGCUAUUCAAAAGCAAUCAUUGGCAGAUGCCGACAAAAUGAAAUCAGCAUGUAAACAGAAAGUCAAACAUGUCCUUGACGCGUGUACACGUGCUUCGUCUAUUAUCAAACAACUGCAAUCAAGCUUGGAAAAAAAUGAAGCAGCAAAACAAACAGGACAGCUUUUCAUUGCCCUUAAAGAAGCAAAAUCGAAACUUCAGAUAGAAGAAAUGAAAAAUGCUGAAAAAUCUUUGGAGAAUGUAAAGUCGAACUAUACCUUUGUACGUGACAAAGAUAUUGAAGAUAUUCUAUCCCGUAAGAAAUACUUAGGGAAAUUAUACGAAUCUUCAGAAGGUCAGUCAAGUUCAAGGAGGUCGGUGUCUUUGCGGAGUAGAAGUAUACAAGACAUAAAAAUCAGAACCAAAUCUGAUCGUUUAAAAUGUGACAUUAAAAGCAUUGCCGUCUUGACGGAUGAAAGGGUCGCACUGACUGAUCGUGAAAACUUGAAACUGAAAAUAGUAGACCUUCAAAGAAACACUUUGGCAGAAGAUAAAGAACUUGACUCAUAUCCAUGGGACGUGACCGGCCUUUCCAAUGAUCAAAUUGCAGUUUCUUUGCCAGACAAACAGGAGAUUCUUAUUCUUACGGCAGCCAAACGUCUUACCGUUAGUCACAGGAUUGAAAUUAAAAGACGCUGCUAUGGUAUAACCCACUACAAUGACAGUUUGUAUGUCCUUUGCCGUGAUCCGUACACGAUUGUUGUAUUAGAUAUUCAAGGGAAUGUCAAAAGCACAAUACCACUGACUCAUCGGGAUCUGUUUAAAGAUUCAACGUAUCUAAUUUCUAGCCAGGAUCGGAGACUACUUUAUAUCAGUAACCACGGAAGUGAUUCCGUUGUUGCUAUAACCCUACGAGGGGAAGUGCACGCUGUAUACCAGGACAAGGACUUGCGGGGACCCCUUGGUAUGGUGUUACUGGACGAUGGUUCAUUCUUGGCAUGCUGUGGAAUAAACAGCAGCAUAUACAGUAUUUCAGCAGACUUGAAACGAGGCAAGAAAAUUGAACAUUUUAUAAACAAACCAAAGUCACUGUGUUACAGUCCGGGUAGGAAUGGAAUUUAUGCGUGCAGUUCAAGCUGUGAUCAAAUAAGGUUUUUUAGUUUUCACUGAACUGUAUCAGAAGAGGCGAAUUUAACUUGAAAAAAAAAACAAGUCAGCCCUUGCAGGUGCAGUGAUGCUUAAAUGUACACGACGGUAUUUGCGCUCUUAUUUGAAUUUUGCUUAACAAUGUAUAUAUAUCCAGUUGAUGUCCUAAUUUUGAAAAAGAUGCAUCUAUUGUUAAAUAUCCCGCUUACUUAACAUUCUAGCCUUAAAAAUAUGCGAAACUGUUUAUAAAUGGUGUAAAAGUUAUAAAGUGAUUAAUAAAAGAUCCAGCAAUCUCUAUCCAGCAGCUGUUCGUGAAAUACAGUCCUCUGCCACUGAAAGCGUCACUUACCAUUCUUCUCAGAUGAGUUAAAAUUGUUGAUGUCCUACCUGCUUUUUUUCCCCACAAAAUAGUGCCGAGAUAAGACAUGUAUUUCAGAACGUUGGCCUUUUGGAAACGUCCGACUUCUAGUAGAUACAGCUGGCGCAAUUAUUUUCUUACGCGGCAAAUGAGAUGCACAAAGCGCCAAAACAACCAUCAAUGUCAUUGUUCAUCAGCUUGAAUAUGAAACCAGGCAACUUCUGCUAAGCCAGCUUCCUCAGGCAGGCCGAACCUGCACGUUCACUGUCAGUCAACAUCAAACACAUGUUUCAAGGAUCGCAAGCCAUUUAUCGGAGUGCCUGAUAUACCCUUUAACCUUUAGCCUGCUGGCGGCAAGUGAUUUUGCCUAUGCGACCAGUGCAGACCAUGAUCAGUCUGCACAUCCGUGCAGGCUGGUUAUUGUCAGAAUGUCUAGACUGUUCGCUAUUCAGUCAGUAAAUUUUCAGUAAACAUCUCUUGGAACAAGAGCUGUCCGCAAGACAUAGUAAAUUGCAUGCAAAACUUUAACCAGAAGUUUUAAGUUCAAAAGGGGACAUAAUUUAAUAAGUUCAAAAGGGGACAUAAUUUAACCAAAAUGCAUGUCAGAGUUAUGGGACUUGAUGCAAUCAACUAGUUUUAUAACCCCGAAGACACGUGAAGUUUCAAUUUAAUAUCUGCAUUUGUUCUGCAGAUAGUAACUUGCAUGCAAAACUUUAACCAGAAUUUUUUUAAGUCCAAAAGGGGGCAUAAUUUGCCCGAAAUACAUCUCAGAGUUAUGGGACUUGACCCAGUGAGGUAAGUAAUUGAUCUAGAAAAAGAAAAAAUAAGAUUCAAAUCUAUAUGCCUUUAGGUAAUAGCUGUAUGUACUUGCAUGAAAAACUUUAACCAGGAUUUUCUAAGUCCAGAAGGGGUCAUAAUUUGGCCAAAGUGCAUGUCAGAGUUAUGGGACUAAAUGCUAUCAACUAGUUUUAUAACCCCGAAGACACAAUCAUGUCAUGUAAAGUUUCAAUCCAACAUCUGCAUUAAUUUUGGAGCUAGUAACUUGCAUGUAAAACUUUAACCAGUAUUUUUAAGUCUAAAAGGGGGCAUAAUUUGUCCAAAAUACAAGUCAGAGUUAUGGGACUUGACCCAAUGAAGUUGGUAUUUGAUCUAGAAAAUGAAAAAAUAAGUUUCAAAUCUAUAUGCCUUUUAGUAAUAGCUGUAUAUACUUGCACACAAAACUUUAACCAGGAUUUUCUGAGUCCAAAGAGGACAAUUUGGCCAAAAUCAUGUCAGAGACAUGGGACUUGCGUUAUCAACUAGUUUUAUAACCCCGAAGACACGUGAAGUUUCAAUUUAAUAUCUGCAUUAGUUUUGGAGAUAGUAACUUGCAUGUAAAACUUUAACCAGGAAUUUCUAAGUCCAAAAGGGGAUAUAAUUUGCUCAAAAUACAUGUCAGAGUUAUGGGACCGGACCCAGUGAGGUUGGUAAUUGACCUAGAAAAAGAAAAAUAAGUUUCAAAGCUAUAUGCCUUUAAAUGAUAUCAAUAUGUACUUGCAUGCAAAACUUUAACCAAGGUGUGACACUGACGCCAACACCAAUGCCAGGGUGAGUCGAAUAGCUAGACUAAAUAGUCAAGCUAAUAACAAGUGGUAUUGCCCAUAUUUAAUGAUGGACCAGUCCCUUAUAGAAAUUUAGCAGGCUAAGGGUUAAACAGGUGAAAGCACCUGUAAAGUUAUUUUUUUUUUUUUAAUGACUUAGGCAGAAAGCAUGUGAUCUGUGAACAUGAACAUGUUAAUAUUGACAUUCACAGACAGCCAUUGUGGUGAAUGGUCAUCAGCAAUAUCCAUUCAGAUAAAAAUGUAAUUUGAAUUUUGGAACAGGAUAAAGUUAAAUUAGUCUUUUUAAACUUACUGUUGUUUGCAUAUAAAACAAUGUAUUGUUUAUGUUAUUUGUGUAAAAUAUGUUAAAUUAUUGCACACAUAAAACACUUUUUGAA